UUUGUUAUUAGUCCAAAAAGUAUUGAAAAUACCCUCUGCAUGAAACUCCUGGAUUUCAGUGGACUUCACACCGAGGCAUAAUCCAAGAAUGGAAAAGUAUCACAGAGUCAGCAAAAUUCUCAUGCCCCUGAAGCUAAUUAUUAAUCCUAAAAACAUUGAACUGAGUGAAAAACAUCUGAAUCAGGAAAGCAGAAUAUAUAACUCUGUCUGUUAAACUGUACGUUGCUAACUGGUUUUUAAAAAGUACUUCAAUAACAUCUUCCAAAAUCCAAGUGAAUGGAGUCCACCUGCAUUAUCAGCAAACAGGAGAAGGAAGCCAUGCCGUUCUUCUACUUCCAGGAAUGCUAGGAAGUGGUCAAACUGAUUUUGGACCACAGCUUAAGUCUAUGAAUAAGCAGCUUUUUACAGUUGUUGCUUGGGAUCCUCGGGGAUAUGGAAAGUCUAUUCCUCCGUCUCGAGACUUUCCUCCAGAUUUCUUUGAGAGGGAUGCAAAAGAUGCUGUGGAUCUUAUGCAGGCACUAAAGUUUAAGAAGUUCUCCUUGCUGGGGUGGAGUGAUGGUGGAAUUACAGCACUCAUUGCUGCUGCAAGGUACCCAAAUCUUAUCCACAAGUUGGUUGUCUGGGGAGCAAAUGCCAGUGUCACUCAAGAGGAUGUGAGAAUUUACAAUGGCAUUCGAGAUGUUUCAAAAUGGAGUGAAAAGGUCAAGAAACCACUGGAAGAGCUAUAUGGACAUAAGUACUUUGCUGAAACCUGUGAGGCUUGGGUAGAUGGAAUAUCGCGCUUUGCUGAAAAUGCAGACGGUAAUAUCUGCCAACAGUUGCUGCCAGAUAUUGAGUGUCCCACAUUUAUAAUUCAUGGUGAGAAAGACCCUUUGGUCCCACAAGCUCAUGCAGAAUAUAUUCAUAAGCACAUCAAAGGCUCUCGGUUGCUUCUGAUGCCAGAAGGAAAGCAUAAUUUACACCUGCGUUUUGCAAAUGACUUCAACAGAGAAGUGGAAAACUUUCUACGCUGACAUGAACUGUAGAAAAAAGUCAGAGGUGCUUAGCCUUUGCCUUGUUUAGGAAUUAAGGUUGACUUUCCAUUUUCAAUGCAGUUAUAGAUAGGUUUGAGUCCUGCAAGAAAAACAUUAAACAUAUUUGCAUGAGAAGCAUACAUUUUAAGAAUACAUAAGCCUCAGUGACCAGAGCAUACCACUGUAGUGCAAGAUUUCUGACAUAUCUUUAAACUUACUUGUUGCCACCUAGGCUGAACAGCUGUUCUUUGUCCAAUACAGGUAUUAAGAAAGACAGAAACCAUGAUCUUGAAUACAUGCCUUUAUGUGCUCUUAAUAUUAAAGGACAAAAAAACAUUGUAA